AUGUCGGCCAACGAUGAGGGCCUUAACUUCACACAUCCUACCCAUCAGACGGAAUUCAGUGGUGUGGCCAACGGAGCGAGUUAUUACAACUCGGCUAACUCUGCAUGUCAGAGGGCGGAUAGCAUGGCUCUUCUAACCCAUCGGAGGAAGAGGACCAAUUUUACUCAGCAACAGAUUGAAGUACUGGAAAAGGUGUACUCCGAUACCAUGUAUCCGGACAUCUACCUUCGGGAAAAGCUCGAAGCGCUAACGGGUCUGCCAGAAUCCAGGAUUCAGGUGUGGUUCCAAAACAGACGCGCCAAAUCCCGACGGCAAACAGGGCCUCCUGCCUCGAUGAAACCGAGCCACGUUGUCAGCGGCCAGUUCACCGCGUUCGCCCAGCUUCAAAACCGGAUGCCGCUUGAAAUGCAGGGCAUGGCCAACUUUACACUGGGAAACGACUUCAGAUCACCACUGAAUAACACGACGGAGGAAUCGCACGCCAAGGCAAACCAACCAAAGAAAAGCACCGGUUAUGGACAUCCCGCCGUGUCUGGCACUUUCGAUGCGACGACUGACGGAAAGCACCUUAUGAAAUCGCAGAAUCUGUCCCAAAGCAACGUUGGCAAAGCACCGAAACAUGUUCUGGUGGAAUAUGACAACUUCCCUCCUAAUAAAACCAUUGGGCCAGAGAUGAAAGUGGUGAUUCCUCCCAUACCUUCACCGACAAAUUUCAGCAGGUCUUCGCCUAAACAAGUAUUGUGUCCUGUUCAACACCUGCACGUUAAGAGUAAGCCCGACAGUUUCGGACAUUUCUCUCCAAUCCGUGACGCCGAGCCGAGGGAGAAGUUUUCGGAUUCCGAUUCUGACUGGGAGAGUGGAGCCAUCUCGGGAUUUAGUGCCUUCUUGUAA